UUGGACCAGAGAAUGGCCAAUACUUACGUCACUGCAUCUGAUGGGUAUUGUCUUGCUGAACCAGUGCAGUACUACGAUAUUUUGCCAGAACAAAUCAAUUAUCAGCUGUACGACAUUGAUUUUCAAGAAUCACCUUAUUGCCAGUAUUCUACUGUCCAGUUUCCUCCAGCUCUACAGUCCCAAUCUUUACAAAGUCAUUUCAACACUUAUAGCUUGGACCCACAGUUCAGUGGUGGAGAGUAUGGACUUCUUUCCUGUGAAUUAAAUAAAUCCACUUACGUGGUUGCCCACGAUGCUGAAGAUGGUUACCCUGGAAUAAAAAGGUCCAGAAUAACUCAUUCUUCCAUUCGUAUUAAGGGACAGGAAGAACUCUGUGUAGUUUGUGGUGAUAAAGCAUCAGGAUAUCAUUACAAUGCACUUACUUGUGAAGGUUGCAAAGGGUUUUUUCGACGUAGCAUCACCAAAAAUGCAGUAUAUAGUUGCAAGAAUGGUGGUCACUGUGAAAUGGACAUGUACAUGCGUAGAAAAUGUCAAGAGUGCAGACUAAAAAAGUGUAAGGCAGUAGGAAUGUUGGAAGAAUGUUUGCUCACAGAAAUCCAAUGCAGAUCAAAGAGGCUUCGAAAGAACCUUAAGCAGAAGAAUAAUUUUUACUCUAACAUCAAAAUGGAAGAGGAAGGGAUUCAGGAGAGCAUGGAACUAACUCAAGAGGAACAUCAGCUCAUUAACAACAUUGUGGCCGCUCAUCAAAAAUAUACAAUUCCAUUAGAAGAAACAGAAAGAUUUCUGCAGGGAUAUGCAAAUCCUGAACUGAUCUUCUUGCGACUCUCAGAGACAGUUGUCCUACAUAUACAGAGGUUAAUGGAUUUCACCAAGAGACUCCCAGGAUUUGAAAAUUUGACCAAUGAGGAUCAGACUGCAUUACAGAAGGGAUCAAAAACUGAAGUGAUGUUCCUUCAUGUGGCCCAAAUUUACAGUCAAAAAGAAUGUCUUUCAUCAACUUCUGAAAGCAAAAAAGGUACUAUGAAAAUAUCAGAUCGUUCAGAUCAUUCACUGAAUUGUCAUGAUCAAAGUGGUGAUAGAAGUGCUAUUUAUCCUAUGGAAACAUUUUGCAAUGAAGGUUGUCCUUCUGCUAUGCUGACUGGUAUUUCUGAAGAAUUUAUUACUACACUGUAUUACUUCUGUAGAAGAAUGAGUGAGCUUAGUAUUACUAAUACUGAAUAUGCUCUGCUUGCAGCCACAACAGUGUUUUUUUCAGAUCGUCCAUGCAUUACAAAUAAGCAACAUGUGGAAAAUUUACAAGAACCAGUUUUACAAAUUUUGUACAAAUAUUCAAAAAUUUAUCAUCCAGAAGACCUACAGCAUUUUGCUCAUCUCAUAGGGAGGCUCACUGAACUGCGAACACUGAAUCACAACUACUCAGAAAUACUUAGCUUUUGGAACACAAAGGACUCCAAAUUGGCUAGUUUACUCUCUGAGAAAUGGAAUUUGUAUUCACUUUGAUGAAAUUUUAGAGUGUUGUGGUUUGUCUUAAACUUCCUAAAUCUAGAUUGUUUAUGCUACGAUCACAGGAUACUGAUUUGAAAAACAUGAACAGAAUUGCUGUUACGAAUAUAUCGCCAUAAAAUGGACAUCAUCAAGGGCU